GCUUUCAGUCUCACAUCAUAUAGGAAUGGGAGUCAACCAGACAUGGGUCACAGACUUCAUCCUCGUGGGACUCCAGCUCAGCGCAGGCAUGGAAAUAUUCCUCUUCUGGAUCUUCUCCCUGCUGUACAUCUUCAGCCUGCUGGCAAAUGGCAUAAUCUUAGCACUCAUUUGCCUGGACCCCAGGCUGCACACCCCGAUGUACUUCUUUCUUUCUCAUCUGGCCAUUCUUGACAUGUCCUAUGCUUCCAACAAUGUCCCCAAGAUGUUGUCCAACCUUUUAAACCAGAAGAAAACCAUCUCAUUUAUUCCAUGCAUCACACAGACAUUCUUGUAUUUGGCCUUCGCUGCUUCAGAAUGCUUGAUUUUGGCAGCCAUGUCCUAUGACCGGUUUGUAGCCAUCUGCCACCCCCUACACUACACUGUCAUCAUGAGUUGGAAAGUGUGUAUGGCCCUGGCUGUCACAUCCUGGUCAUGUGGAUUUAUCCUCUCCGUGGCUCACACAAUUCUCCUCCUAAGGCUGCCCUUCUGUGGGCCCCGGGAGGUAAACCAUCUCUUCUGUGAAAUCCUGGCUGUUCUCAAGCUGGCAUGUGCUGACACCUUGAUCAACCAAAUCGUCAUCCUUGCUGCAUGUGUUUUUGUCUUAGUUGGGCCCCUUUGCUCAAUGCUUGUAUCUUACACACACAUCCUCUGGACAAUCCUGAAAAUGCAGUCAAAGGAGGGACGCAGGAAGGCCUUUUCCACCUGCUCCUCCCAUCUCUGUGUGGUGGGGCUCUUCUUUGGUAUAGCCAUGUUGGUUUAUAUGGUCCCUGAUUCUGAUCAGCGAGAGGAGCAGGAGAAAAUUUUGUCACUGUUCCACAGUCUCUUUAACCCAAUGCUGAAUCCCCUCAUCUACAGCUUGAGGAACGCCCAGGUGAAGGAAGCCUUCCACAGAGCGCUGCAGAAGAAGAGACCUGUGUGAGGGGCACAGAGAAUGUGAGUUGGGUAGGG